ACUUGACAUUUGAGGCUUCUGCUGGACAUCCCUCCAUCCUCUGCCUCGCCCUUCUACGACACAUGCUCGCCAGAUGCAGUUAGAGGAGAUUACAUGGCUGGGUCCCGAAGGAGUCCGCUGUUGAGAGAUCAGUGGAGAGCCGCCAAAGACCCCGAAGAUCGAGAAAGAGACUGUGAUCGAGAUACGGCUCGCGAAAGAGGAAGGGACAGACACAGUGACCCCAAACCACAUCGCCGUCCCUGGGAGAACCGGUCAGAGCGACGAACACGGUCACCGCCACCAUCUCGUCGUGGUGCCCUUUCUGACCGCGACCCGCCUCGAAGGCGCCGUGACCCUUCUCCCGAUACCGUCGCUCACCGUAGACCGCCGGCGUCUCGCGAUUCUGUGUCAAGAGAAGAACGCCAACCAGGUUCACGUCACCUCUCCCCUACGUCGAGACGUUCUCCGGCGCCAGAUUCUAGGGAAGCCAGACGGUCACGGCCGCUAGAAGAGAAAGCACCCCGGAGACCCUCACGAAGGGACGACUCUCCGAGCUCCCCUCCUCCUUCGAAGCGUAAGCGAAGCAGAAGCCCUUCGCCUCGUGCCCAUCGCCAUCACCAUCACCGCCAUCACCAUUCCCGUCACUCCCCCAAGCCUGGGCAUAGCCGCGAUCGAAGCCGUCAACCGAGAAGUAGGAGGCAUCUGCCUGACCGAAGCAGAUCACCUGGGCAGUCGCCAGUUCGAGAUAGAGAAAAGGGACACCGGUCAUCUAUUGCCCGGCGUGACCCUUUUGACGCUGACUCGCAGGAUCGCCCACGCUCUCGGCGGUCCAGGUCUCCCGCUGGGCGAGAUCACAGGAGGCAGCGGUCCCCUCGACCAGGUCGCAGCUCGCACAGAAGAGACGAGAGCUCAAGGGGUCGUCGUCGUUCAGCUUCACGCCAAUCUUUCCGUUCCAUACGCUUACGAGAGUCUGCGUCUCCCGACCGUGGAAUCCGCCGUGACCGAAUCAUGAAUUCGACUCGGCCCAUUCAAUCCGUCGUUGACGACUCUAAAAGAUCACCUUCACCUUUGCGGCCUAUCCCCAGCUUCGAUGCUGACAAUGCUGGUGGUCCGCUCGACGGUGAGAGCCGUAUACGAGAAGCAUUCCCAAUGCAUGGGAUGCGAGCGUCAGAUGUCCAUGGCAAUCAACGCGGACGCUCUUCAAGAUCUCAUGGACAAUAUUCAAACUCUCCUCAGUACGUGACCCCGACUAGCUCAUACCACGGGUCUCCUUCUGGUUCGCCCUACUCUAAUGGACGGGGUGGAUGGAGCGGCCAGCCUCCAUUCCAUGGGCAACAUGGGCAAAUUCACGGUCAUUCUCCUCCCUAUCGGCAAAAUAACUACUCGCAGGGUGGUCCACAGGGACAGUAUUAUCAAAAUCAUCAGGGGCAGUACAAUGGGCCACCGGGUCACAUGCAGCAGGGUUUCUCCGGGCCACCGUAUCGCGGGGGCCAUUCCGGCUAUCGUGGUAAUUACCAAAAUCAAGGCCCAGAUCGACGAUUCUCUGGAAGUGGCCCUCAAAAUUAUGGACAUAUGUCGUCUCAGCGCGGUCGGGGUCAUUUUAGCAAUCUUCAGUGGACUGCGUCAGGGUCGAGGGGUCGAGGUGGUCAACACAGCCCGCACUCAACGCACGCACAGUCUUCUCCAACCGGCUCAUUACAACCCCCCUCAAGUGACAGAAUGUCUCCAGAUGCGGAUGAAGGAGAUAAUCCUUUCCGACCCUCCAAGGAUCUCCAGGUUGAAGACCAGGGUUCUAAACAAAGUUCAGAGAAUGGAGACACGAAGAAAAUGCUGCCACCAAACCGACAGAGCAACGCAUCCUCUACCCCGGCGAAGGAAGGCGGAAAAUUCAGCUUCGCCUUCAAAUCCAAGGCCAAUACUGCGCCCAUGCCAAAACCUGUUCCAGAUCUAGCACAAAGAAUGCAACCGCGAAAUCCACCCCAACGAGCCGCUGAGCCGCCUCGAAACAGGCCACCUCCGGGACCGUCUCCCAAAUUCAAGCAUGAUCCACGGUUUGAUCGGCGUGAUCGUGAGCGAGAUCGCGAUCGAGACCGCGAUAGGGACAGGGGGCGUGAUCGAGAUGAUCGUCGCGAUCCUCGAGAUUUCCGAGAGUCGAGAGACAAACGGGACAUUCGAGAUAUGCGGAGAGACGACAGGCGUCAUGAUUAUCGUGACGAUAGGAGACGUGACGAUCGACGGAUGGACUUCCGAUUCGAUCGCCGCCGUGAACGCAGCCCCGAGAAGCCGAAGAAGCAAAAGAAGAUAGCGCUGCGGCAGAAAGCCCGACCGAGUCUCCCAGAAGAAUUCUCUAAUUCUGAAUCUGUAUACAACCGAAAGCCAGGUAAUGAGUCGGUUAUUGGUGCGGGGACGUACGGAAAGGUAUUCAAGGCAAUACACAUCUACACCAAGAGCAAAGUUGCUCUGAAGAAGAUCCGUAUGGAGGGAGAGAAAGACGGUUUCCCCGUGACUGCCGUUCGGGAAAUCCGACUCCUCCAGCAUCUUCGCAACCACAACGUCGUCAGCUUGCUUGAAGUCAUGGUUGAGAAAAAUGAAUGCUUCAUGGUCUUCGAAUAUCUCUCACAUGACCUGACUGGUCUCAUUAACCAUCCCAGCUUUACACUCACGGCAGCUCACAAGAAGGACCUUGCGAAGCAGAUGUUCGAAGGGCUCAACUAUCUUCACCAUCGUGGAGUUCUCCACCGUGACAUCAAGGCGGCUAAUAUCCUCAUCAGUAACACGGGACUAUUGAAGUUCGCUGAUUUCGGCUUGGCUCGCUUUUUUUCCAAGAGCCGCCAGUUGGAUUAUACAAAUCGGGUGAUCACCAUCUGGUAUCGGCCGCCAGAACUUCUUCUCGGUGAGACAAGAUAUGGUCCGGCCGUUGAUGUUUGGAGUGCAGCUUGCGUCUAUAUGGAGAUGUUCACGCGGAAGGCCGUGUUUCCCGGUGAAGGGGGCGAGAUCAGCCAGUUGGACAAGUUGUAUAAUUGUUUAGGCACACCCACCCGAGCAGAUUGGCCUGACAUCGUGGAGAUGCCUUGGUUUGAAUUGAUGCGGCCCACAGAACGGAAACCCAGGGUUUUCGAGGACUUGUAUCGCGAAGCCCUGAGCCCUGCCGUCUUAGAUCUUGUCGCGAAAAUGUUUCAAUAUGACCCUGCAAAGAGGCCCACGGCUCAAGAGGUGUUAGCGCAUCCUUACUUUACGUCUGAGGAGCCGGGUCCCCAACAGGCUAUUGAGCUGGAAAAGAUCGAAGGCGACUGGCACGAAUUCGAAUCUAAAGCGCUUCGCAAGGGCAAGGACAAAGAAGCUCGCCGUGCGGAAUAUCAGAAAGAAAAGGAAAAGCGAAAGGCUAGCGCUUCAGCUUCCCAAGUUGAACGAGACCCGAAGAGGAUGAAGCAGGAAACCGAUGAUUCAUAUCCACCUUCUCAAGCUGGGUAGGGGUAGCUGGUCCUGAUCCUAGUCCUUUCCCAAUAUAGAACCGGCCAUUGAGU